AUGGAAGACCUGGAACGGGAAGAUGCUGUAAUUAAGCGCACGCGGCUGACACCAGACCUCAACAGCUCAGACCAAAACCAACGUCGUCUUCCCGAAGAGAAAGGUCCCUUUGGAAAAGCACGGAAACGCGGAACUUCACGAGCAAAAACGCCCUUGGGCGCCAACCAAGCGGCCGACGAAGCGAAACUACUCAACCAACGCGCAAUCGAUGACAUAUUUGGUCGGUACAAGGCAGAAGAGGACAAGAGGCGCUCAGUAUCAUCGCGUCCCAUUGCCGCGCUUCCCCCAUCCGGCUCAGUACCCAACUUGAUAGACGCGAGCAAUGGACUUAACAAUUCCUUUGCCGCCGGUCCAUCAACAAACUCGGCCUUCAUACAAGAACCAAAGGAAGUAAUACUCUAUGGCUACGGCAGCGAUGCACAAUGGGCAGCGAUAUCACACUACGAAAAGGUCUCCAACGGUCUCAUUUACGAAGAAUACGACCGUGAGCCCUACAACCCAAAGUUCGGAUACACGUUUACUUCGCAACGGGCGUCGCAUUACCGGUCGCUAAGCAAGGCAUCUCUGAGAAAAAUAAAUGAAUUCGUCGGUGGCGACCAUUGGAUCAAAGUGACAUUCGACAGCGCCGAAGCAGCAGAGCGCGCAUGCCACUACAGCCCCAAAAACAUCCAGGGCUACACCGUCUACGCCGAAAUGUACAGAGGAACCGGCCCUCAAGGCGGCGACCGCCCCAUCCGAGCAGAACCAGGAAAUUAUUCGCAAGUCACCUCUCCAAACACCAUCUCCUCAGGUACCAUUGGCCCCCGCGGCAUCAGCACAUCGCAAUCCUCUGCCACCGCCUCGUCCGCCACAGCAACCGCCUCGCAACCCACAGGAUUACUAGCACCAAACGGAUACCGCAGUCCAAACGACAUCCCGGCCUUCAUGCGCAGCACAGCCGGCUCCUUCCCCUCGCACCUCGAUGACAUGCCUGUGGAACCCGAAAAAGAAGAACACCGAGUCCUCGAUCCAAAUACCAUUCCCGCACGCAGUAUAACUACCGCGCUGAACCCCCGCUCCCAACGUGCGACACUGCGUCUUAAAGGCGCAAACGUCAAGCCCGCUAUCUUUCUGCCGCAGGAAAAGGCGUUUCUCCCCGCGAAACCGCGCUGGCAGCAGACGGUGGGCUCACUGCCGAUGAUUGGAUGGGUGUUUGGGUCUGGUCAGGGCAUUAUUGGCGAUCAGGUGCCGAGGAAAGAGGAUGGUAGCUUUGAUGCAAAUGGGGCGAGUUUGUACUGGCGAAUGUGGUAUGCGGUGGAUAGCUGCUUUGGAAGUGAUUUCUGUGGAGUGAGGGAUGCAGAGUACGACGACUAA